AUGCCUUGUCUGGGAUCAAGAAAGAAAACCAGCCAAAAAGAUUCGAUUCAUGCAUCAACUAUCAAGCGAUCCGAGAGCAUCGCAAGUCAUCAAUCUGUACUGCAAAUAAAGCAGGAAUACCAAGAAUUGAAAUCCAAGACCAUGGAACAACAAGAUACAAUUAAUAAGCAAAUGGCAGAAAUUGAGCAGCUGAAAACACAACUAUCAGCCACCUCUACAGAGGCUCCUCAAUUAGUCGAGCUUGAACAAAAGCAUGAAGAGAUGGCAUCCGAACUUGCUGCCAAAGAAGCAGAGUUGGAAGAAACUAAAAAGGAAGUCGAGUCUCUAAAGGAGAUGCUCGAUUCCUUACAACAGGAAGGCAAGACAGCUCAACUUUUGGCUGAAAAGGAUAGGUUAUUGAAAGAAAAGGAAACCGAAAUGGAGGCUAUGCAACUCCAAUGGGAAAAUGAAAGAGCAGAGUUGGUCAAACCUGCCUUGGCACAAGUCACUUCUCAGCUGGAAGAACUCAAAGAAACUAAUAAAGUAGUCAUGGAACGACUGAAUGAAAAGGAAGAUGAGUUAGCUGAGCUUCGAGCACAGCUCAACAGGAAGGACAGAAAACCAAAAUCAGGCAUAACCAAAGACCAGGAGCAUCAAAGGCGAUUGAAUCGGUUGACAGUUGACCUUGAAAAUGAUCGUUUACUCAUGCAAAAGUUAGAAGAACUCAACCAUCAAUUGGAAGCACAAAAGCAAAAGCAUGAGGCUAUUCUCGAAUCUCAUGCCAAGGCGAUGGCUGAGAAGGACAAAAAAUUGGAAAAGUUAAAAAAGAACCAUGAAUCUGCCAUUCGCGAAUUAGAAAGUGCACAGGCUCAAAACUUGAACAAACUUCAACUCAAGUACGAUAAAGACAUUGCUCUUUUGAAUCAACGACUCAAACAGGCAGAAAACCAGGCCAAGAGCAAUAUGGAUGACGAAGUAAGCAAGAUAUUGCAUGAGUUUGAGCAGUACGAGCAUUAUCAUUCGCUCCAAGUGGCACAUUUACAACAAACAUAUCAAGAGCAAAUAUCCGCCAUGAAACAAGGACAGCAAUCCGAACUACAGCAGCUCAGCAGUGACAAGAGCAUCGUUUCUCCCAAGUUACGCAAGACAGGCGGGCCAGGUACUAAAUUUAGAUGGCCUGCUCCUGAAGCUUCUCAGUCUGUUGAGUUGCAUCCUCGUGACCCCAAGGAAAUCCACGUAUAUACUUCAAGCAUCUCAACUAAUUCUAAACUAAAGCAAGAAGAAGAAGAUAUCAUCAAGACAUUAGAGACUAACAGCAUAAAGUUUAAAGUGAUUGAUGUCGCCAAGAGUGAACUUGCUUUACAACAUAUGAGAAAGCAGAAUACUAAGUCUCGUGCCUUACCACAAAUCUUCAUGGGCGGCACGUAUAAAUGCACAUAUGAAGAGUUUGCACAAGCUAAAGAUGAUGGAACCUUAUCCCAACUUCUUAUACAAUCAACCUCACCCAUGCAAGAGGCUGUCAAUAAGCUCAACAUAAAGACAAACAAUUCUUAUCUUCCAACACCUAUUUCUACUCCUCCUUCUUAAUUUAAUGAUGUGAAUACAAAAAUAGUUUACUUUUUCAAUAAAAGAAAGGAUCCUAAUAACAACUCCCCACUUUACACAAAUAGGAGGG